CUUUGCCCAGAUGAUGAAGUCCGUGUCCGUGAUUCUCGGAAUUUAGUCGUCAGUUAUUAUUCUUGUUGUUAUUGUUGGUGCGGUGACUUGACUACUGCCACCACCAUCACUCAUUCUCAAGACCUGACUCAAAUUGAUAAUCCCCUCGUCCUAUCCUCCCUCAUCUCCUUGCUCGACCCGGACCUGAGAGAUUCGAGCGGACUCAACAACACCUCAGACCCGUUUUCUUUGACUAUCCCACAAGUCAGCAUGUCGAAGACAUCAAAGGAAGGUCCCAAUGCGAACCCGCAUAUGGAUCUGGACCCGAAAUACGAUGAUUAUGACUUUCCCACAACCGCUCCUGAGCCGCAGUCUGGCCACCCUGGCCAUACCACCAAAGAACAGGACGCCCAGGUACACCAGCUGAGGGCUAUGCUUGAACAAGAAGGAUACACUGAAAGAUUGGACACCUUGACCUUGUUGCGGUUCUUGAGAGCACGAAAGUUCAAUGUCGAGCUUUCCAAACAAAUGUUCAUCAAGAACGAGCAAUGGCGCAAGGAAUUCGGCGUGGAUGACCUGGUUCGCAAUUUUGACUACAAGGAGAAACCUGAAGUUUUCAAGUACUACCCUCAGUACUAUCACAAAACCGACAAGGAUGGCCGACCUGUCUACAUCGAGCAGUACGGGAAAAUUGAUCUCAAUGCCAUGUACAAGAUCACCUCUGCCGAACGAAUGGUCCAGAACCUCGUCGUUGAGUACGAGAAAGUGGCGGAUCCUCGACUUCCAGCUUGCUCGCGGAAGUCGGGCAAAUUGCUCGAGACAUGCUGCACGAUCAUGGAUAUGAAAGGAGUCGGCGUGUCAAGGAUCCCUUCAGUCUAUGGCUAUCUACGAUCCGUCAGUGCUAUCUCUCAAGACUACUACCCUGAACGUCUGGGUAAACUAUAUAUCAUCAAUGCGCCAUGGGGAUUCAGCAGUGUCUUCAGCUUCGUGAAGUCCUUCCUCGAUCCUAUCACAGUCGCAAAGAUCCACAUUCUUGGUUCGGGAUACCAGAGUGAGCUCUUGAAACAAGUCCCUGCUGAGAAUCUCCCAGCCCAGUUUGGCGGGACUUGCGAAUGCAAGGGCGGGUGCGAAUACAGUGACGAAGGUCCAUGGCAAGAUCCCGAAUGGGUGAGAACGCCAAAGUGGGCGAAGGAGGAUGCAGCCACCGGAAAAAAUUCUGCAAAUGUCGUACAGCCAGCCCCUACUGCAGGAUCGAAAGAUCCGCUCGAGGGUGGUGCUCCAGCUCCUGCUACGGCCCCCACAAAAGCAGAGAACGUCCCUACCGAGGGAGCAAAGAUGCCAUUGGAAGCGCAACAGCCAUAGUCUGGAGAGAAGCGUAGAAGGUGCAAACUCACAAGGCCAAGGACAUCGAAUACGACGCUAUCCAAGCGAUUUAGACAUGCUUGAAGCAUUUCAGAGCAGAAAACGGCCCCAGUACUGGACAAACUCAACGAUGAGAUUGAAGAGCCAAGUCAUUUCGGACUGUUGUUAUGUACCAUUCUGCUUGGCCGGGUUUUAUACGCUCGUCCUUUUUUCCUCCUUCACUACACAAGGUUCGUCUGUAUAUGUAGAGCUCCCAGGUGAACUCCAUAGGCAGUGUAUUUAUUGUUUGGACGGCAG